AUGCUACUCUAUCAAUAUGAUUAUAUAAUAAUUGGUGGUGGGUCAGCUGGCUGUUUAAUAGCAUCACGUUUAGCAGAGAAUCCAAAGAGUAGAAUAUUAAUUUUAGAAGCUGGUUCAUCAUAUACACCAGAAUGGUUGUUAAACAUACCAGCACUAGGUGUUCUAUUACAACAAUCUGUAUAUGAUUGGGGCUAUCAAACGGUACCACAAACACAUGCAUGCUACGCAAUGAACAACAAUGCAUGUAGAUGGCCAUUAGGUCGUAUUGUUGGUGGUACAUCAAUGUUUAACAAUAUGAUUUAUUUGAAAGGUUUACAAUCAGAUUAUGAUGAAUGGUAUCAAGAUUAUAAAGAUUACAAUUAUAAAUAUGAUAUUGAAUGGUAUUUUAAUAAAUCUAUAACAUUUAUUAAUCAAACGUCUUUAGAAGACAGUAAAAGCAGUUUCAAUAGAACAAAACCAAAAAAAUCAGUUUUACCUGUACAAGAGAUUCGACAUUCAACUCCAUUAUCUGAAUACAUUUUAAAUGGUGUACAAGAAUUAGGAUAUCAAGUAUUAAAUAUCAACAAAAAUAACGAUAAAAAUGGUAAUGGUUACUUUAUGAAAACACAAGUGAACCAAAAUGAAUAUGGUGAACGUUGGACGACGGCACAGCAUUUAAAAACAAACAUUUUAAAUAACAAUAAUAAUGUUUUGUUGUUAACAAAUGCACAUGUUAUUAAGAUAUUAUUUAACAAUGCUAGUACGGAUUCACAACCGUAUGAAGCUGCUGGAGUUCAAUUUGAACAUUUUAAUAAGAUUUAUCAAGUUUAUGCUGCCAAAGAAGUUAUAUUAUCUGCAGGUGUUGUGCAUAGUCCACAAAUACUAAUGUUAUCAGGUAUUGGAAAGAAAAGUGAUUUAGAAGAGGUUGGUAUUGUCAGUUGGAAUGAUUUACCCGUCGGCUACAAUCUACAAGAUCAUAUCUCAACCGGUUUUGAUUUAAUAUCAAUAAAUCAAACAAUGUUCGAUUUAUCUGAUUUAUUAUCACCAAUCAACUUAUUGAAAUACAUAUUUAAUAUCAACAAUGGUGGACCAUUUACAACACCUGCCUGUGAAGUUAUCGGUUAUAUAAAAUUAAAUAAUACAAAUAGUACAAAUAGUCCUGAACUUGGUAUUAUGGUUCUACCAAUGGGUAUUAAUAUGGAUCAUGGUCUAAAACUACGUCAUUUAUUAAAUAUUAAAAAUGAUAUAUGGUACUCGUAUUUUAAUAAAAUUAAUAAUUUUAAUACAAUUACAAUAUUACCAAUAUUAUUACAUCCAAAAAGUACCGGUUAUAUUAAAUUAAAAAGUUCCAAUUAUAAAAUAGAACCAUUAAUUGAUCCAAAAUAUUUAACAAAUCCAUCUGAUGUACAAGUUUUAUUAAACGGUAUAACAUUUAUCAAACAAUUAACACAAACUAAAUCAAUGCAACAAUUGAAUGCAACAUUGUUGUUAAAUAUAACAAUACCUGAUUGUUUAAAUAAUAAUAAUGUUGAUUACUUAGAAUGUUAUGUACGUUAUUUAACAUUAACUACGUAUCAUCCUGUGGGAACAUGUAGUAUUGGCCAUGUUGUUAACAAUGAAUUUAAAGUGUUUAAUACAAAUAAAUUACGUAUUGUUGAUGGCAGUGUUAUACCAUUAUUGCCAUCAACAAACGUACAUUCAACAAUCAUUAUGUUAGCGGAGAAAUCAAUAGAUUUUAUUAAAAAAACUGAUUAUCAAACACAAUAUAAAAAUAAAACAUAUUUAUAUGAUUUCUUUUUAUAUUCAAUCAUUUUCAGUUUUAAUUGUAAAUGUUUUUAGGACAUGAAAAUAGUAAGAAGUGGAAGUAGUUCCUAUUAAUUUUUAAAUAAAUAUUUUUCAAAACGAAUGUGACGUGGAUCACGCAUCCAUUUAUGGGCCAUUAAUCAACAAAUUUACUUUUAAUAGAUAGAGAAAGAGAUUGUCUUUGUUAACAGGAUGUGUCAUUUUUUAAUGUCCGUAUGUAAACAUUGAAUAACUUUGACAUUUAUCAACCGAUUCAUAAACCACUAAACGAGGAGAAAAAAAGACGACAUCUCUAAAAUUUGGAAUUAAGCUUUGUUCACUCUCUAGAUCAAACGUUAUAUGAUGCCGAGUGUGCAUUUGCUCACUGUUAUAGUGAAAAUAACAACGGGAAUGACUCGCAUUUGUUUCUAUAUAAAGUGCAAUUAACACAAAGAAAUUGCCAACAGACCGUCCACGUUGUAAGCAUAACUAUAGCGCCCAAGAAGCUCGAAAAGGUAAUGGAAAACGCAGCAAAAUGGGUACAUUUUGUUUAGACAAAUAGAGGCGGCCACUUUAUUGAUGUUGUAUUCAAAAGCUAGUCCAAAUAAAUUGCAAAGACAGAAAUCGGUUUUUUUUUUUCAAAUUUAUUCAAUGUUUAUGUCUUAGUUUUUUGUAUACCAAUAGUUCGAGUUACAUCUAGGCAUAUAACAAUCACGAGUAUGACAGAGUACAUGCGUUAAGCUAUGCAUCUAAGUAAGAGCUAUUAUAAGUGUUAUAUGAAAUUGAAAAAGUGACUUGUAUUGUGGCUUCGAUGUCUUUUAUGCUAUACAACAGUUCUUCUGUUGUAUGCCUGCAGAGAGUGGGGGUCAACACAGGUAUAUAAUACCUCUCACUUAGAUACGUUGCUUAACGCAUGUAUUCUGUCUUACUCGUGAUAUUUAUAUGCCUAGAUGUAAAUCGAACAGUCUGUAUAUGUGCUUAUUAACAAAAAGAAAAAAAGCCAAAUAUUUAUUCCAGUAUUGUGAUACAACGUUCAUUUUUAAUUUAAUUUAAAAAAUACAUUUUCAUCAAUACUUUUUACUAAUGCAUUUUAUUGUGAUAAAAUUUUUAGAAAAAUAUACAAUAUUAGUACUUUGCAAAGUUAAGUUUACACGUGUUAC